AUGAGGGACUACGACGAGGUGACCGCCUUCCUGGGCCAGUGGGGGCCCUUUCAGCGCCUCAUCUUCUUCCUGCUCAGCGCCAGCAUCAUCCCCAACGGCUUCAACGGCAUGUCCAUCGUGUUCCUGGCGGGGGUCCCCGAGCACCGCUGCCGGGUGCCCGAGUCCGCGAACCUGAGCGGCGCCUGGCGCAACCACAGCGCCCCGCUGCAGCGGCUGCAGGACGGCCGCGAGGUGCCCCACAGCUGCCGCCGCUACCGGCUCGCGGCCGUCGCCAACUUCUCGGCGCUGGGGCUGGAGCCCGGCCGCGACGUGGACCUGCAGCAGCUGGAGCAGGAGAGGUGCCUGGAUGGCUGGGAGUUCAGCCAGGACGUCUAUCAGACCACCAUCGUGACCGAGUGGAAUCUGGUGUGUGAGGAUAAUUGGAAGACGCCCCUCACCACCUCCUUGUUCUUCGUAGGCGUGCUCCUCGGCUCUUUCGUGUCUGGGCAGCUGUCAGACAGGUUUGGCAGAAAGAACAUCCUCUUUGCAACCAUGGCUGUGCAGACUGGCUUCAGCUUCAUACAGAUUUUCUCCAUCAACUGGGAGAUGUUCACCGUGCUAUUUGUCAUCGUUGGCAUGGGCCAGAUCUCCAACUACGUGGUGGCCUUCAUACUAGGAACAGAAAUUCUUGGCAAGUCAGUUCGUAUUAUAUUCUCCACGUUAGGAGUGUGCACAUUUUUUGCAGUUGGCUACAUGCUGCUGCCACUGUUUGCUUACUUCAUCAGAGACUGGCGGAUGCUGCUGCUGGCGCUGACGGUGCCGGGGGUGCUGUGCGUCCCGCUGUGGUGGUUUAUUCCUGAAUCUCCCCGAUGGCUGAUAUCCCAGCGAAGGUUUCAAGAAGCUGAAGAUAUUAUUCAAAAAGCUGCAAAAAUGAAUAACAUAGUUGCCCCAGUGGUGAUUUUUGAUCCUGUGGAGCUGCAGCAGCUAACACCCAUGAAGCAACAGAAAGUUUUCAUUCUGGACCUGUUCAGGACUCGGAAUAUUGCCACAAUAACCAUUAUGUCUGUGCUGCUAUGGAUGCUGACCUCAGUGGGUUAUUUUGCGCUCUCCCUGAACUCUCCUAAUUUACAUGGAGAUGCCUAUUUGAACUGUUUUCUCUCCGCCUUGAUUGAAGUUCCAGCUUAUUUCACUGCCUGGCUGCUCCUGCGAACUCUGCCCAGACGUUACACCAUAGCUGGUGUGCUGUUCUUGGGAGGGGGGGUGCUGCUCUUAAUUCAACUGGUGCCUGCAGAUUACAACUUCUUGUCCAUUGGUCUGGUGAUGUUAGGAAAAUUCGGGAUCACUUCUGCAUUCUCCAUGCUGUACGUUUUCACCGCAGAGCUCUACCCAACCCUGGUCAGGAACAUGGCUGUGGGGGUCACCUCCAUGGCCUCCAGAGUGGGCAGCAUCAUUGCUCCCUACUUUGUUUACCUGGGUGCUUACAACAAAAUCCUACCCUACAUCCUCAUGGGCAGUCUCACUGUCCUGAUUGGCAUCAUCACUCUAUUUUUCCCUGAAAGUUUUGGAGUGACUCUGCCAGAAAACUUGGAGCAGAUGCAGAAUGUGAAAGGGUUCAGAUCUGAGGAAAAAACAAGAGAGUCAAUGGAGAAAGAUGAAAAUCCCAAAGUCAUAGUAACUCCAUUCUGAUAAAAUUUCCAUCCCAUUUGGUCACCUGCAAAAAUAGACAUGUAAGACUCUGUGAAGAAACCAAACUCUUUCCUGAUGAAAUGGACUUACUCUAACAAUUAACACUAUUAUGGACCUUGCUAUUGAGAAAUGCUUAAAAUGCAACAAACUCCAGAUAACUCUUCCAAAGAAUCUCAUUUUUAAAAACAAACCUUUUCUAGAGAGUCCUCCUUACAAAUUAGUUUGUAAGAUUUUUUUGAAAAUGUAUUGGUCAAGGACUGGUAAAUCCAGAUAUAGAUUAACACUCAUUUCCAAACAUACAACUGCUAUCCAGAUAAAAGAAUAUCAUUGUGUUAGCACAACUAUCAGGUGACAGCAGUGCGUGCAUGUUUGUGUGUGUGUGUGUGUAUACGUGAACCAGCACAUUCAAAAUUGUAGUUAUUUUUGAAGUAAAUUCAUAUAUAGCUGUAAAGAAAUAAUUAUAUGCAG